UAGUAAACUAGUAAACAAUAAUUGCUGUUUGUAGUUAGUACAACAAUUGACUUUUGUUAUUUUUUAUAUUUAUUCAUAUAUGUUCAAAAAACCACAUAAAAUAAAAUAGUUUGAAAAUAUUAGAAAUAUAUUAAAUUUUAAUUAACAUCCCUAUGUAAUUUGUAGAAUAUUAUUUUUAUUGUAGUGUAAUUAUUUAUUUACUGUAUAUCUGUAUGUAAUUGAUUAAUUUACUAUUAGCCAAUGAUGGACUCGGAUGUAAGUUAAAACAAUAUUUUUUAUUACAUUUAUAGUGGAUAAAACUCUUUUAAGAAUUGCAAAAAUCAUCCAUGUGUAUCUUACAUAGACUUAUGAUUACAACAAUAUAUAUCUAGCGAACAAUUUUUUUCUUUUUAAUUUGGAAAUCUCUUUAAAAGUAAAAAUAAUAAUGAUAUUAAUAUGUUUUGAAUUAUUUAUUAAUUAAUAUUAUAUUAAUAAUUAUUACAUUUAUUAUAUUUAGAUAAUAAUGAAGGAAAAUAAAGAAAUCUUGAACAUACGAACCAAUAAUGACUCUGAAACACUGCGACAAAGUAUAAUUGAUCAUGUCGUAAUGAAAGCUUUAAAUAAUGUUUUUAUUAAAAGUGAACAAAUGGACAAAUCAGAAUUUACACUUGAUGAAAAACGAAAAAUUACAGAGGAUACUUUAAAUGAUUGUCACUUGAAAUUUUUAUACUUGUUUGGUGAAUAUUUAUUAGAGGAUCACUUAGAAUACUUUAAAUGUGAAAAUAUUAACAAUUAUGAAAUUCAUUUUCAUCUACACAGAUUGAGUCGAUUAUUAAAUUCUAAAAAAGUAUAUAUAUAUACAAAAAAAUUGAUAACUUAUUUAUUACUUUAGGUAAUUAUUAUGAUUUAUUGAAUUUACUCUUCAAUUAUUAUCUUUAGGUGAUUUGUAAAAAUCGAAGGUAUCAAGCUAUGCUUGAACUUCUUAAAGGAGAUUACUUUACCGAUAAUGAGAUGAGAAAUAGAGAACCUCUUCUUUGGGAACAGUUAGUUGGUCAAUAUUUAUCAGAAGAAGAAAAAUUUAACUGUGAAAAUCAAUAUAUUACUAAGAAUUCGUAAUAAUAACAAAAUUGUGUUUAAAUAACAUGUAUAUUUAUUUAUGUAUGUUUACUAUUAAAGUAAAUUUGUUUUAGUUUAACUGAGGUUUUAUUUGAACAAAUUGAUCGUGACAAUAGAGAUGAUUUAAAACGAAAACAACAAAUAAAUGAAACUCUAGAAUCAGAUGAAGAUGAAGAUAAUGAUUAUGAUGAUGAUAUUUAUGAUACUAACAAUAAGUCAAAAAAUACAUUUAUGACCAUGGAAGUUAAUAAACUUUCAGGACUUUGGGGGGAAUAUAACACACCAAAAACUCAACCAGUAACAAUUGGUAAGCAUCGGGGGAAAGGUCAUUCCCUAGAUACAGAAACAGAACAAUGUAGUUCAAAAGAACCAAGUAAAAAUGAAAGGAUUGUUUUAUUAAAUGAAUUUAAAUCUCAUAUGAUUCAAAAAUUCUUAAGUGGUCAAGAAGAUUUUGAUUACAAGUAUGUAUAUUGAAAAAAUGGGACAAAGUUUAUGACUCAAGAUCGUUUUUUAAAAUAUAUGUUAAAUUCUAAUUAAGAAAUAUGCAAAACGGAAAACCCGAAUUUAUGAAGUUUUCCACCGCUGUACAUUAAGAAUCUAAAAAAAAAGUCUAACGAACUUUGUUUGGAAGUUAUGAUGAAAAACUUUAUGAAGUUCAGGUUUUCCGUUUCUUAGUUAGAAUUUAACAUUUUCAUUUUUUUCCGCAAAAUAUAUAUUUUUAAUGCUCAUUUCAUUGGUAUAACUAAAACUUACCUAUCCUACUUACUUUCAUAGUUAUUAUACAUAAACCUUGUAAAAUAGCAUUUUUGGAAUUAAUCUAAAAUGUAUUCAAAAAUAGAUAUUUUUUUUAUUAUUAUUAUUAUUUGUAGUUAUUGAUAUUUUGAUAACAAAAAUUUUUAUUUAAAUCAAAAUAAGUCUAUUAGGCUUAGAUUUAGAGUUACAAAUAUUUAAACACGCUGUGCUAUCUCGGACAAUUUUAAUCUAAAAUAACUCGAUUUGCUGUGCAAAACCACAUAGGGUAAGUAACAAAGUAAAGUGAAAAAGCAUUAUAUGGUUAUGUACAAUCACUAUAAAAAUAAGUAUAUUAGGUAAGUUUUGAUCAUACCAAUCAAUUAAGCAUUAAAAAACACACAUUUUGAGGAAAAAAAAUUUUAAAUUUUAAAUCCUAUCUAAGAAAUAAAUGAAAUGGAAAACUCAAACUUCAUGAAGUUUUCCCCCAUAAUUUUCUAACAAGGUUCAUCAGACUUUUUUAUUAGAUUCCUAAUGUACAAGCAAAAACACACAUUUUGAAAAAAAAAUUUAAAAACGAGGUUAGGUCGUAAACUAGAUUUAUACCGAAAAUAUUUUAUGCAGAUACCUAAAUAUUUUUUCUAUGUUCAAUUUUUGUUGGUUUUUUUUAGCAAUGUUGAUAACAAUCCAGAGUAUGAUAACUUGCACAUUAAGGGUAUUGAUGAAGAGGAGAAAUAUUUUGAUUCAGAAAGUCCUGUUGAAGAAGAAGUACCUACUGUAGAACUUAAAAGUGAUACCGAAGAAGAUGAAUUAGACAUGUAUAUGAGUAUUCUAAAUAAAAAUGAAACUACUGAUAGUGUUGCUGAUAAAUUUAAACAUUUAUAACAUUUUAAAAUUAUUUUUUUUAUGUUUGAAUUG